GCGGGCGAAAAGGCGGGGCUUCAUCAAGCCAGUUGUCCGUCUCCGCACAGAUGGUCGCGCCGCCAACUGGAAACUCGCAGGAGUACACACUUCUCUCCAUAUUUUUUUGUCUUUUUCCGUUUUUAAUGUUCGGUCGCGGUGGAGAUGAAUGAACACUGGAGGUUACAUUGUCGCCCCGUCGCCGUGAGGAAUGAGUGCCCGCCGAGGGGCGUCUCUCGCUGCUCUUCCCGCCGCUUUUUCUCCAGCCGAGCAGGUACCGAGCGGCUCCAGCGGGCCGCGGUCGCCGGAGGAGCUCCACUGGCGGGCUGAGCGCCUCGCAGCCUCCCGCUCUCCUCUCCGGAGCCCCCAUCGACCUAACAUGGACCAAAGGCUCUGCCCGUCGCCUGGCCGUUGUUCUCUGGAUUAAUAACAGAUUCCCACCUCGACUGGACAUGAGGAAGGAGGCGGGUGUGGAUUAGAACUUUUUUUUUUCCUUUUUCUGUUUUUUUUUUCUUUUUUUCCCUGCCAUCGCCCACCUGAGCUCCAUGCAGCCCCCCAUGGACUUGAGUGUUUUGACGUGAUCAUGAUGCAUCGACUCCGAGAUGCACCGUGUGAGGCCAAGCAGAAGGAUGGGCCCGACCACAGCGAUAAGUCGGCCGUGGCCUCCCCCGGGCCGGAGGAGGAGCCGUUCUCCUGGCCCGGUCCCAAAACGCUUUGCCUGCGCCGGACCUCUCAAGGCUUCGGCUUCACUCUGCGCCACUUCAUCGUCUACCCGCCCGAGUCUGCCGUGCACAACUCUCUCAAGGAUGAAGAGAAUGGUAGCCGAGGGAGACAGCGAGGCCGCCUCGAGCCCAUGGACACCAUUUUUGUCAAGCAAGUGAAGGACGGCGGCCCCGCACACGGAGCUGGACUCUGUACAGGCGAUCGCAUCGUGAAGGUGAACGGCGAGAGCAUCAUCGGGAAGACGUACUCGCAGGUCAUCGCCUUGAUCCAGAACAGCGAUGCCUCGCUGGAACUCUGCGUGAUGCCAAAGGAUGAGGACAUUCUGCAGCUGUUUUCCAGGGACAUCACCGCUCUGGCGUAUUCUCAGGACGCGUACCUUAAAGGAAACGUGGCAUACAGCGGAAACGCCCAAAACAUCCCCGAGCCGCCGCCCAUAUGCUACCCUCGGAUAGAGAUUAAGGCUGCUAGCAAGGUGACGGAGGCAAGCGACGAAGGGACCAGCGCCCCCCGAGAGGCAGCUCAGGGUGCAGGAAGACAAGGAGGGGCAACAGAGAAAAGCUACCGAGUGGAAAUUCCCGUUCCCCCUUCACCCCAACCGCCGCAGACGGCGGUCUGCGCCUGUAAGGACAACUUGAGGACAGCGGCCGAAACCCCUGUGCGGUUGACCCGGGCGGGUCAGAGGACUGAGGAGAACCGAUGCUGUCCUUCAGGUUCUCCUAUAGCCACACCUCUGGUUUCUUCACCUCUAGGAGGUACGCCGUCGCAGCAUCCUUCUCCUCGUCCCGCAGCGACCCCCGUGCACUGCCCGCCCCCGAGCACACAACCUCGCCCAAGCCAUCUCGACAACUCCACGGUACGAGCGUCCCUCACUUCUGCUUUACCGGACACAUUGUCACCCAAAGCCAGCCAGCACUCGCCCUCGCCGACAGCCUCGCCGUCCCCGCACCAGAACAUCGACUGGAGGAACUACACCACCUACAAGGACUACAUCGACGCCAAGAGGCUCCACACGUACGGCUGCCGCACAAUCCAAGAGCGCUUGGAUAGUUUGCGUGCCGCCGCCAACUCCAGCUCCGCCUACGGUCAGCAGCGCUCGUACUCUCCGUGUAGUGUUCAGAGAGGACUGAGUGCCUCUCAGGUCAGAUGGAGGAGCACGUCGACGGAUCGGGGGGUGAACGGCGGGAACCACGGCACUCCGUUACGAAGCGCCUCCCAGGAGAGGCUCGGAGGGUCGGAGCGGAGCAGGAAUUGGCCGCGGAGCGCUUCCCAAGACGCACUGCCGUUCUCCAGCCCCGUGGGCGUGGCCAAAUCUCGAGCGUGCUCUUUUGACUUCCUGGGCCAGAAGCCCGGAGAGCCUCGAGGUCUUGGCGCCGCAGACCGGACAGGUUUGGAAGACCGUCUUCUGCUUUGCCAAGGGGAGGAAGCCAGAGCCAGCAGGCAGGGGGCAGCCUCAAGAGCUUUACCUCAUCUCAAUCGCGGCGUCACCGGACAGGACGCCGAUGGAACAGGAAGUGGAUUGUCAAACUCCUCUUUGGCGGAUCGAAUGUGUAGCAAACCCCCAUUAAGGACAGACGGCAACAUGAUGAGGCCCUCUCGGCUACCUGUUAAAAAUUCCAUCCCAGAUGCAUCAUCUGCCACUAAAACCACAGACUCGCUGAAAGACCAAAGAACUCACAUCACUGGAAACCACGUAGGCUACCCGUCACCUCCGCACUUGGAGCUCAGGACUCGGGCUGACAGCCUGAAGAUGGAGAGCAGGUCCGAAGCCAGUUUGGUGGCCAGGACUUCGUCUUGCUCAGGUCCCUCGUGCAAAACAGCCACGCAGAGACCGAUACAAAGUGGCACUGUCUCGUCUUCCAACCCGAAUGGAGCUGCGAACCUCAAGCCCGAGCCCUCCGUACGGACUAACGGGGGUCUGACAGAAGGUGUCGAGGGACUGGACGCGACGGUUGUCGUCCUGAGAAAGGACAAAAACUCAUCGGCUGCUCGUGCGCGUCCCCCGUCCUACGUCUUUGCCGUUUGUGACGAGCAAGGCGGCGUGGGCUAUAAGUCGCCGUCGUUGAUGAAGGCCGGUUCCGCGGACGCGGUGGCGUGUUGGACUAACAGCUGCAGGGAGAUGCAUCUCAGGAGGCUGGGAGGCACUCGGCAAAAGAGCGCAUCCGAAAACCUGGAUGACUCCUUGGACUCUAUCCCCUUUAUAGAUGAACCCUCCAGUCCGAGCAUGGAUCUGGACACGGUCAACAUUCCGGCCUCGGCUGUCAUCUCCGCAACGCCCGUCAUCACCACCAUACCACCCAGCCCAACCGCCACGUCACCCCUUAUGCGCCGCCACAUGUCGCACGACCACGAUUCCCUGCGGCUCACCAUCAUCGAGUCGGACUCCGGGGGUAAAACGGAGCGCUCGUUGUCAUACGACGAAGGCUUGGAUAACUACCGGGAAGACGGCGGAGGGAGGUCCUUGAUAGCUGGGCUUAAAGGCCUCAGGAAGGCGAUGGACAGGUCAUCUGAGGAUUCCGGAUCCAGGAGGGAUUCCUCUUCGGACAUUUUUUGCGACGCCACUCGGGAGGGUCUGCUGCAUUUCAAGCAGCUGAAUACUGACAAGGGAAAGCGCGUGGGCGGCGGCAUGCGCGCCUGGAAGCAGAUGUACGCUGUGCUGAGAGGUCACUACCUGUGCCUGUACAAGGACAAGAAGGAGGGGCAGGCGCACGCCACCUGCCAGACGUCGGACGAGCCGCUGCCCAUCAGCGUGCGGGCCUGCCUCAUCGAUAUCUCCUACAGCGACACGAAGCGCAAGAACGUGCUGCGCCUCACCACGUCCGACUGCGAGUACCUGUUUCAGGCCGAAGACCGCGAGGAUAUGCUGGCCUGGAUCCGAGUCAUCCAGGAGAGCAGCGACCUGGACGAGGAGAACGCGGCCUUUACCAGCCAUGACCUCAUCAGCCGGAAGAUCCGGGAAUACAACACCUUGAUGAGCCCGACGGGCAGCAAGACGGAGCCGUCGCCCCGGUCGUCUCGCCAGUCGCUGAGCAUCCGCCAGACCCUGCUGGGGGGCAAAGGAGAUGCCAAAACUCCCAGUCCGCACUCGCCGAAGCCGGAGCAGGAGAAGAAGAAUGCGCACAAAGAUGACACGAGCCCCCCCAAGGACAAAGGCACGUGGAGGAAGGGCAUCCCGGGCCUGAUGAGGAAACCUUUCGAGAGGAAACCGUCGCCUGGAGUCACUUUCGGAGUGAGACUGGACGACUGUCCUCCGGCGCAGAACAAUAAGUUUGUGCCGCUGAUCGUGGAGGUGUGCUGCAAAUUGGUGGAGGAGCGAGGCCUGGAGUACACGGGCAUCUACAGGGUGCCGGGGAACAACGCCGCCAUCUCCAACAUGCAGGAGGAGCUCAACAACAAGGGCAUGAACGACAUCGAUGUCCAGGACGAUAAAUGGCGGGAUCUCAAUGUGAUCAGCAGUUUGCUCAAAUCGUUCUUUCGAAAGCUGCCUGAGCCUCUCUUCACCAACGAUCGGUACGCGGACUUUAUCGAGGCCAACAGAAUAGAAGACCCCGUGGAGAGGCUCAAAGUUCUCAAGAGGCUGCUUCACGAGCUGCCCGAUCAUCACUACGAAACCCUCAAGUUUCUCUCAGCUCAUCUGAAAACCGUUGCGGAGAACUCGGAGAAAAACAAAAUGGAACCGAGGAACCUGGCCAUCGUAUUUGGUCCCACCCUGGUGCGUACCACAGAGGACAACAUGACCCACAUGGUGACGCACAUGCCUGACCAGUAUAAAAUCGUCGAGACCCUCAUUCAGAAUUACCAUUGGUUCUUCACUGAAGAAGGCAAUGGAGAGCCCGUGACGGUUUCGCACGAGGAGAGCGCCGUGGAGUCGCAGCCGGUCCCCAACAUCGACCACCUGCUCACCAACAUCGGUCGCACGGGCACGUCGCAGGGCGAAGUAUCAGAUUCUCCCACCAGUGACUCGGCCAAGUCAAAGGGUUCCUGGGGCUCAGGGAAGGACCAAUGCAGCCGAGAGCUCCUGGUCUCCUCCAUCUUUGCUGCAGCCAGUCGCAAAAGGAAGAAGUCCAAGGAGAAAAUGCAACCCAGCAGUUCAGAUGAUGACCUGGAUCCGGUUUUCCCCAAGAAGGAACUUCCCGGGCAGAAGGGGGACCCUGAAGGGGACGUCCGAAGCGGCAUCAAGGCCAAAGCGGCUGCGAAGAAAGAUCAGGAGAACGGCAGAAGUGUUGAGUCGACACCCAAAGCCAAGAGGGAUCCGAGGCACCCGUCCCCGGACACCAGCUGCCGAAGCGUCCCUCGGGGAAAAGCCUCCUCCUCCGACCCUCCGUCAUCGGACCUCGGUACCCUUGACUCUGGAGCGUCGGUGAAGCCGAAAGCGUCGACCGCGGGAGCCUCCGCCGAGGUGGAUGUGAGCUCCAUCACCUCGGACUACUCCACCACAUCGUCCAUCACCUUCCUGACCGGCGCCGAGUCCCUGGCGCUGAGCCCCGAGCUGCAGGGCGGCGAGGAGGCGGACGACGAGCGCAGCGAGCUGGUCAGCGAGGGCCGGCCCAUGGAAACGGACAGUGAGAGCGACUUCCCGGUCUUUGCGCCAGGCGCCGGUAGCCAGUCGACACCGUGCCUCGAGAAGGACGGCGAGGGCGGCAGAAACAAGAUGGAGGGGCGGCGUCUCUUCCCCACACAGAAGAUGAUGGAAUGCGACACGCUUUCUCGCCGUCGUUCGCUGCGGAACAAGACGGACAGCGAGUCGUCGGCGGAGGCGGCGGGUGGCGAGGGCCGCGCGGAAGCCAGCACGCGGCUGGCGCGGGUCCUGGAGGUGAUGAAGAAGGGCCGGUCCACGAGCAGCCUCAGCUCGUCGUCUCGCAGCGAGUCGGAGCGCCCGGAGCCGCCAGCCUGGCACCUCAAGAUCACCGAGCGCCUCAUGGUCCGGCUGCGCGCCUCCUCCGACGACAUGAUCCUUCCAAAGAGCCGCGCCUCCGACAGCCGACGCAAGAAUAUUCGGCGGCGCCACACCAUGGGCGGCCAGAGGGAUUUUCCCGAGCUGGCCGCCAUCCACGACUGGCGGGAGCAAGGCGGCGCCGACCGGACAGCCGAGCUAUCGCUGCUCGACCGGUUGAAACCUCGACGGGCCUCACAGGACUUUAGCAUCCGUGACUGGCUCGGCGGAGAGCGCAGCCGACGGGGCGGUGGCGGCGGCACCCCGGGAGAAUGCGGCCCAGUAGGAGGCGGCGAAGCUAUGCCGCCGUCGCCGCCGAACAUCGAGGCGGCGCCCAUGGCCGUCCCAGAGAACGCAGACCCCCAGGACGCCGUAGCCCCAAACGGCAAAAGCAAGUCGCCGCUCGGAGACGACGCGCACCCUCACAAACUGUCGGGGGCGCAUGUGGUGCGCUCACGCUUCUACCAGUACCUCUGACCCCUCGCCCCCCCUCCAACCCAACGCCAGGAUGAAUGUGUUGUUAUCGUACGAACGUGCACUCUGAGCUGCACAGUAGUUUUUUGUUUUGUUUUUUUUUACAAAGUUUAUGUGUAAAUAACAUGUAUAGCUGCCAUCUUUGUGACUGGCACAAUGGAUGAUGCGCAUCGCUGGCCAGACUGGAACUCAACCUCCCCUGCACUCUCCCCCCACCCCUUAUUUCCAUUAUUUUUUUUUUCUUUAGAAGAAUGUACAACUUACAUACUUGGAGUAACGCAAGUCGCAGUGUACGGUGUUCCUCCAAUAUUUGCAGGAGGAUAGGUACUACCCAAAAAGAUUUUUAAUUGCCUAUAAAUGCCAAAAGAUGGCAGCAAAGCACUACUUUUCUGCUGGGGCGGGGCAAUUGUCUGUCUGAAUACACGCCCCUACCCCCGCCCUUUCACUUCUACAAAGUUCUCUGGGACUAAGAUGCCACAACAAAAUUGUCAUGGUAAACAUGGCAGAUGGACAGGUUCUCACCCAAAAAUCUCCAAACGGGGGAAAUUGCGAUUGCUAAAAACCGAACAGUACCACAGACAGCACAAAAUCUGCAGGUAAUUUGUAAAAAAGAUUUGCAAUUGCCUAUAGUUCCCACAAGAUGUCGACAAAGCACUAUUAUCUAAAUGAAUGUUUGUCUCAACGAACGCGAUAUACUUCCUUGCCACUAGAUGGCGCCUAAGUAAUGGUUUUUGUUGCUUUGGCCAUAUUUGUCGCUCGGGGAAAAAAAAUCAUAUUUGCAAUUUUUAAACCGCGAAUAAUCGGGGAUUCAAUGUACUUGAAGACAUAAUGUGUAGACAUAACUAUUGGGACGCACUUGUUGGUCCAUCAGUGGCUAAAACUGGAGCCUUAAUCCCACAUCAGAAACACACAAAAAAAAAAAUGAUGUACCUUGCUCUCAUGGAACACGCGGGGAGCGUGCUGUGGGAAUGCCUCAUUCGUUGGGUUUGUUUUUGCCGCACAGACGCAACAGCCAGAGAUUAGCUUGACAAAUAUAUUGUGAUUUUAUCAAAUAAAAUGAAAAGUAAUGAUGAUGACGUACGAGUAUGUAAUACUUUUGUGUAUGGUCAUUUUUUUUUCUAUUUCCAAUCUCUUGUCUAGUUAUCGUCCCAAAUGGACAUUUUAUAUCAAUCUGUUUUUCACCCCAAAAAGGAAAAAAGUGCCUCUUUUUUCCCCCCAUUUUGUAACUCUUUCUACGAGCAGUUGUUUUUAAAAGAAAUUUGAAGGUGAGCAUUCCAACAGGUUAAACUCCAGUUUAUUUCUUCACUCGUCAAGUUUCAACGGAGACAUGAAGCGUUGCAUGUGUUGGCACUGACGUCAGUGCAAUGUCCCCCCUCGAAGAACACUGGAAAUAAAUCAUCUUAAUUA